AGUUGUCUAUGAUUGAUUGCCCGGCCGGAUUGUGAUUAUUUUUGUGUUCGUCGUUUGCGACUGUGAUUUGCGAAAUGAAAAUUUGAGCGAAUUUCAAGUUUCAAUAUGUCGUGGUCGAAAUUGCACAAGAACUGCAUCAUUGCGGGCCCACUAGAAGCAUUAUGCUUGGUCUGCGAGAUUCCCAUAAAAACACAGUCCGAACUGGAUACUCAUGUAGAGGUUGACGUUCAUCUAAAAGCCUUAAAUGCUGCUCCAUAUAUUGAGAAGUAUAAACCUCAUAACAUCAGAAAGGUCACAUUAGGCUACUACUGUGAGUUUUGCAAUCUCGUACUUUGUACUCCUGCAAAGGUCAAUCUGCACAUUACUAUACCAGAGCAUGAGCAAAACCGUGGCUUCCUUCUGAUUAAGCGAGUCAAUGAUUCAGUGAUCGUGUUCGAUGACAUUUACAUAAAUCAUAGAUCCUGGAAUGGCUUUGUGGAAGAUACUUGUGCUAUAUGCAAUGUUGAAUAUUAUGAUGAGUUGAAACAUCUUAACCUGCACAGUCAUAUUUUCAACUUAAUCACAAAGAAAAUUGAGUUUUUGGGAGAUAACAUGGUAUACCGAAAUAUUGAUGAAAGUUCUUAUCAAUGUAUGGUUUGUAAUCUGGUAUUGGCGUCCAGUACCUUAUCGACUCACAUUGAGCAACCAGGUCAUAUAAAAAUGGUGGAGAAAUGUCGCGAAGCCGGUCGUGCCAUUCUAAACCUUAAAAGUGGUACCGAUCAUGCCACAACGAACACUGGCAAGGAUGCCGCUCGUGCCACGAGCAUUGGAAAUGACCCUGGUCGUGCCACGACGAGCAUUGGAAAUGACGCGGGUCGUGCCACGACGAGCAUUGGAAAUGACGCGGGUCGUGCCACGACGAGCAUUGGAAAUGACGCGGGUCGUGCCUUCCUGAACAUUUUAAAUCCGCCGGAAAAAAAGAAAGCUGACGAAAAGAAAAAAACUGACAGUAAGACUAAGAAAAAUGAAUCGAAGAAAUCCACAAACAAUACUUAUGUGGAAAAUGAAGCAUUCAUAUGCGGCGUCCUGGGUGCUAAAAACUAUAUCGUCUCGCAGGACGAUGGGAAGAGCAUGUGCCUACUGUGUGAUUGGAGCAUGGAGACAUCUGCGGCCGCCGCGCACGUGGCAGGUCGACACCAUAUCACUAUCCUAAAAAUGCACAAAGAAAGGUUGGACAGAAUGAGCAAAGAUGAAAAUUCUGAGCCAGACAGUGGGAAUGCUGGUGGUAGCAGUGCAACUGGCAAUCAAAAAGUCAAGCCCGAGCCUAAAGAUCAGCUUGAUAGUGGAAAAGCUAGCGCUGGAAAGGCAGCUGGCGAUGAAAAAGGCAAAAUUAAGGAAGCAUCCCCUAAACUCCAUAAGAACGGUCUAAAUACUAACAAGAGUGAGACUAAAGAUAAGCCAGAAAUUGGAAAAACUAGUGAUGAAAAGUCAGCUGAAGAAAAAGGCAAAAUGAGGGAUUCUUCGCCUAAACUCCAUGACAAUGGCGGUAAUAUUAACAAGCCUGAGCCUAAAGAUAAGCUAGACAGUGGAAAUGCUAGUGGCGGAAAGGCAACUGCUGAUGAAAAAGACAUUGGAGGAUUCUUCAAGGAUUCUUCGCCCAAACCCCACAACAAUGGUCAAAACGUUAACAAGUCUGAGCCUAAAGACAUCUGUAGGCGCCUACCAGAGAGUGAAAAUGCUUGUGGUGGCAGUAAAACAGGCGACGAAAAAGACAAUAUCAAGGAAAACAUUGGCAUCAACAUUGACAAGUCCAACUCUGAAGAUGAGCCAGAUACUCAAAAUGCUUCUGCUGUGACUGCUACUAGCAAUGAUCGAGACGUAAUUAUUGAUUUGUAUGAAGAAUUCCAAGCCUAUGGUAUAAGUGUUAACUUUGUGACUAACAUAGCAACAUGUAAGAAGUGCUCAAAAACAAUGGAUCUAAAAUUCACUGCAAUUCGGCAACAUAUUAAGGAACACUAUGAUGCGUUGCCAAGGCCCUUGUGUAGGAAGGCACCAGAAGUGGAAGAUGACAUACAAAGUUUUUUGGAUUUAAAUAGAAUAAUAAUGAUAGAAGGCGGGGAAAGGCAUUGCGAGCUGUGCCGAGUCAACCUCCCCAUUUCGUUGAAAAGUGUGAAACAACACGUUAAUGGAACGCGGCAUCUAAACAAUUUAGCAAUUAGGAGUGGUAAUAAUCCAGCGGAGCUAGUGCCCCAAUUUCACAAGGUGAAAUUGAGAGACUACGUCACUUCAAUGAUGGGUUUGGAGGACAGUAUAAGGAAAGAUGUCAUUCUCAACGAGAAGUUUGACAUCACCAUGAUGAGUUAUUUGUUGAUGAGCUCUGUGAGCUUGAGAUGUUACAUUUGUGAUGAGGAUCUUGAACGGGGGCAAAUUGACGCACAUAAGGUGUCCACAGAACACAUCACACGUGUGGCCGAUUCUAAGGUGCUUGUGUCAUUGGAAAAUGAGUUUGUGCGAGAGUUGCGUCGCAACUCCUACCACUGCGGGAUUUGCAGCUGGGUGUCGAUCAACUGGACGGGAAUGAUGGAGCACCUCAAGUCGCGGACGCACUUAGACCAGAAGUACAACAUGAAGUGGCGUCUGGCGCAACAUCUCACGCAGGUGGCCCGCGUGCAGUGGGAGCGCUCGCCCAACCUCGGGGACUUCAUGGGCGUCGCUGACCGCCACCGCAACACGAGACACCGUUUCGAGGACUACUUCACGAAUUGGUAAUCCAAUGCAGAGAGCCCAAACGCCAUGACGACGACUACCUUCGACAGAAGCACACAUUUGUAAGCCAAAGCCAAUUAUUUUAUAUAAUUUUCGCAGCUAUAAAACAGCCAUAGAAUGUGCCAUUUUUGAAGGAUACAAAUCCUACUUUUAUUUAUUGGUAUGUCUAUAAAUAAUUCUUGUUAAUUUUGAUUUUUGAUGAUGUUACGAUGUCAUUUUAACAACAUUGCAUGGUAUGGUGUGGUAUGGUUGACACCACCUUAUCUACCAAAAUUCUAUGGUUACUAGACUACAUGAUUUUUGGUAAAUUUUAUGAAAACCCUCAGCCUGUAUUAAUCACCUUUUUAAUCAUACAGGGUGUGAGGGAACUAUAUUAUAACAUUUUCCAAAAACCGUUCGCCAUGUUUUGACGCAGGCUCAAAUGUAACUUUCUUAAAGAACUGAUUCUAAAGCGAAUUUGUAUUAGUUCUUUCGAUAAAUUCCUUUGACUCACUGUGAACAGAUUUUUUGAGAUUCCUCCGAUUGUCUGUCGAUGAUCAAGUUUUCCAUUUCAAAUUAACUAAUGAGUCCAGUUAAAUACUCUCGUAAAACAUUACUCUCCUUUUGACACAGUAGUCGGGUAAAACUUUUUAAGACAACAGUUUUUGCAGGCCUAAUAAAGCAUUAACGUCUUAGUAAAGAACUAUCAUAUUCAAUUUUAAAAUAAUUAAAUUACAGUUUUGGUGAUUUUUAUGAAAAAAGUUAUUUUGAUCAUCGACAGAAAUUAGAGGUGUAUUCUUCUUAGAUAUAAGGAUAUAAUAAUUACUAUGCAUUUAUCUUUAAUAUUAAGGUUUUAAACGUUAGUAGGGAUUGUUUCAUCCACGAAGAUGCGCCUCACCAUUCUUCCGCUAAUGUUUGAGUGUUGUCGGUACACGCUAAAUUGAGUGCACACGCACACUACAAUAAUGACGCUCGAAUUGCUCGGAUCAAAAAUUCCCCGCACCCCGCGCUUCCCUCGACCAAAGAUUGGUGAGGCGCGUCUUCGUGGAUAAAACGAUCUAUAGAUAUUAAACGUAUAUUCGUAUUUUUGAUGUUUAAUAUUAAGUGAUACCAUAAUAUACAGGGUGUAAAAAACAGGUUGAUGAAUGCUACGACUUUAAACAGCAGUGGGAAUAUGUAGGUAAGAAACGUUAUUCUGAACCUUAAGCUGUUGUCUUGCCAUAAGGUCAUAAACAACGAAUAAUAAUU